AUGUUCCGAAGUUCCUUGCGACACAAUUCGAGCAGUUGUGACCUCUCCACGAUCCCUCCCAAAGAGUUCAAGGUGCUUCUAGAUAAUCAAACACUUUACGUUGACCAGGAGCUAGCAGAAGCUCUUGGAUGGAAGGCUAACGGCGGUCCCGAAGGCUUGAGUCUAACACUGAAUGGUUGGGCACCACACUACUUCACAAUAGCUCCAACCGGCACGGACAGUGAUUUGCUCUCGCGCGCGACGGUGGAGAGCAGUCGCAAUCCAAAUGUCCAGGCUGUGCUAGCUUAUUUGAAAGAACGUUGA